UUCUUACUCUGUAUAUAAAAGACGCGAGUUUCAUUCGAUUCGUCAGUCACUUCAACGAGUUUCGAUUUCGUCCUUUUGUAUCGUCAGAGACUAAAAGCUGAAAAUGAAUUCCAUCAUCUUGCUGUUGACUUUCACUGUGGCCUGCUCACUGGCUAUGCCUACUAAUUAUGGGACUAGCAAAUCUUCCACGACAUCCUACGCUGCUGUGCCCACCGUAACCAUCUUAAAGCAAAUCAAUGAACUUAAUGAUGAUGGCUCUUACACGUUCGGUUACGAAGCCUCCGACGGAUCGUUCCGGUUAGAAAAUAUGGACGCCAAUGGUUAUUUGACUGGUAGAUUUGGAUAUGUCGAUUCAUUCGGCGAAAUGCGAGAAAUGGAGUACGUAGCCGGCAAGCUUUCUGGCCAGUCUUUGGGAUUCCAAACCAGGGGAAGUUUGAUCCCAAUUGGUAGAAAAAUUCUACCAUUCCCUUUCAUUCGUACAGCACCUACUAAAUCCGUCGAGCAAAAAGCUUUAGAUUACAAAAACACCAUCAUCGCGAAUGAUGUUAACAGGAACACUGGUGGGGUUCAAGUAGUUUCUCCGGUCAAAGAUUCUUACAACAGCGGAACAACAGUCGUCCUCGUUGCUGCUGAUGAGAACAAUUCUGCAGCAGCAGUUUCUGAUGUCCGUGUUUCGACACCCACGAAAACGACAGGCGAGACAACUGCUGAGGAUAUCCGCCUUGUGACUCCCUCUAAAAGCACAGACGGUCUUACCGAUCUUGUAGUUCGCGUUGUAGAAAAGAAUCAAAAGACUGAGGAUACUUAUGGCAAAAUUGGAGAUACUCGGAUUUCUCACGCAUUACCUGUGGUCGUCCGUGUAACAAAUGUUGCAGAGGCAGACACUCCUACCAUCAUUCAGCAAAAAGCUGAGCCCACUAUCACGAACAUCCAACAGCUUUCUGAGCAGGUGAGCAUUGUCCGCUCUCCUACUACCAGCUACGGCAAAUCUGCUGUCAAGUCGACUGGAAAAGUGGACGAGUUUCUCAAGUCACUCGACACCAACACCAAAAAUGUCGGCAACUACAACACGAACGAAGCCAGUGGCGCAAUCACCUUGACUCAGGGCCAAUUUCAGCAGGAUAUCCAAAUCCAAGAUGCAACUAAACCAAUUCAAAGCGACUCAAUCAACGUCGAUUCUAUUGGAAUCUCCAGCACCGCCUAACAGUUGAAGGCCCAUGACCACUUGAAUUCAUGCUUUAUCCGAUCUGCAUAAGGUGUUUGAUUCCAUGUAUGUAGUCCUUUGAUUUAAUAUACAAUUUUUAAACCCUCAA